AUGCAACCAUUAAAUAUUUCAUCAACCAUUUUAAAAGUUGGUAAUACAGUAUUAAAACAAAAAGCAUUAGCAUGGACAGCAAAGGAAAUGUCGGAUGUCAAAUAUUUAGAAUCAGUUAUCGAUAGAAUGACAAAAGAAAUGGGUAAUGUUGGUACAGGAAUUGCAGCACCACAAAUUGGAAUCAAUAAGCAAUUGUUCCUUUUCGAAUUCGAUUCACAAGGACUACCAGUACAUUGCCCAAAUUUCCCAUUAACAGCAUUUUUUAAUCCAAAAGUCGAAAUCAUUGAAGAAGAUGUAUAUAUGCCACCACCAGGUUUCUCCAUUACAACCAAUAAGAAAAUUUUAAAUUUAAAAAGAUAUAAAAAGUCAUUACAAACAUUUGAAAGAUCAGUACCAUUAAAACAAACCUCAAAUAACACUAUGGAAAUGUAUGAAUCAUGUUUAUCAGUUCCAAAUAUUUUCGCAAAAAUUAAAAGAGCAAAGAGAUGUAUUAUCACAUUCUUGGAUAUCACCGGAAAAGAAAGAGUAAUUGACGCUGAAGGUAUUAUCGCAGCUUGUUUCCAACAUGAAUAUGAUCAUUUAUUAGGUAGAUUGUUAGUUGAUCGUUUAGACCCAAAGAAAAGUGUUUCAGAACAAGUAAUGUAUUCAACUGAAUUAUCACCAAAUGAAAUCAACGAAGCAAUUAAGGUUGAUGGUAAUUUCCAAGUUGUUAGAUAA